GUUGGUGUUGAGAACAACGCUCCGGUUCAACUCAUCCACGGGGAUACGUAAGAGAACCUCGGCUUUGGCGCUCAGCGGCGGCGCCUUCUCGUCCUGCGAUGGGAUACAACCGCUCCAGGCGUUCCAGAGGCGGCUCCUCCGGCCGAGGGCAGUCCAGCAAUAACCGAAAACUCCGGUGGGAUGAUGGUUGCGAUAAUUCUCUGCCCACCCACGAAGAAGAAGGUAGAGAGGAAUCUCAGGCUCCAAGAAUUCAGCUUGCAAUGUGGGAUUUUGGGCAAUGUGAUGUGAAGAGAUGCACUGGCCGCAAGCUAUCAAGAUUUGGCUUUUUGAAGGAAUUGCGGGUGAAUAGCAGCUUCAGUGGCAUUGUACUUAGUCCUCUUGGCUCCCAAUGUGUCUCAAGGGAAGAUCAUCUUUUAAUCAAGAGAAAAGGACUGGCUGUGGUGGAUUGCUCGUGGGCACGCUUGAAUGAUGUUCCCUUUGUGAAACUUCGUUGUGGUGCACCUCGCCUCCUGCCAUGGUUGGUGGCAGCAAAUCCUGUAAAUUAUGGCCGUCCAUGUGAGUUAUCCUGUGUUGAAGCAUUAUCGGCAGCCUUAAUAAUAUGUGGUGAGGAGGAUACCGCACAUCUGCUAUUAGGCAAAUUUAAGUGGGGCCACUCGUUCUUGUCUCUGAACAGGGAACUGCUCAAGGCAUAUUCUCAAUGUGAAAAUGGUUCCGAAAUCAUUUCCGUUCAGAACUCCUGGUUAUCUAACAACUCCAGAAUUCCAAAGACACCUCCAUGCACCAAAGGGCAAGAGGAACAUCGUCUGGACACCAAUGAGGGAUCUGACUAUGAUUCUGAGGAUGGACUUCCACCUCUCGAAGAGAACUUGAACCACUUGAACUUAAGAGAAAGUGAAGAAAGCGACGGAGAAAGUGACGAAGAAAGUGAAUAAAGGGAAAAAUCCUUCCGUCGUGCAUUAACUCUGCCCACCGGACCUCUUUGUGGAGUACAUGAGUGUGCAUUUGGAGGCUGAAGAGCUCAUGAGCUGGAUACAUGAUGUGUUGCUGAUUUCAUGGUGGUGGUUAUCUUUUCAGACGUAAUUUAUAUUCUGCUUCUCAGUGAGAUUAAUUUGGGACAAUGGAAAACAAAAUAUGGAUUAGGGUCGGUUUAUCCUUGUAAAGUAUUAUCUUUGUACUGAGCCAAGGAAACAAGUUUUGAGAUUGUAAAAAGAUGGUUCCCUUUUGAUACUUGUACAAGUUGACAUAGAAUGAUCUUUGAUAACUUUUUACAGACUUUCCACCGGCCAAAUGGCUCUGUAAACUAUUCCGGGACAAUUGAGCUGUUAUUAACUAUUCAAUAAUUCACUAAUUGUGAAU